UUAAAUCCUCAUUAAAAGUAUAAUGAUUAUUAUAAAGUAACUAAACCUUUUAAAUUCCCAAUCUUAGUUAUUUUAGGAAAAUGUGAACAUGGUGCUAGUCCAUGGAAUUCACACUUUGUACCUUACCAAGUCGUUGGUGGAGCGUGUGUGGUUAACCGGCACACUAACUUGGACUAGUAAGGAUCACGAAGGGUGACUUAAUGUUUGUCAUAGAUCAAUGGAGCGUGUGUGGUUAACCGGCACAUUGAUUAGGUGAUAAUAUUAAGGGUACCAAGUGAAUUAGCAUGGUUAUUCACACCUUGUUUUGUGAUCCUCGGCAUCCCAGUCACAAAACAUGAAGGGCACAAUCGAGAUUGAAACAUGCCAUUGAAAAGUUCAAUGAAUCUCAAAAGAAUCUAGGAAUUUCAAAUCCAAUUAAAACCUAAUAAUACAUUUUGUUUUUCAUGGUGGAAAUUGGUGAAUCGUCAUUCACCUACCUUUCAAAUAUAUUAUUACUUAGAUUACGGCAUCCCUCUUCUAAGUAUAAUAUAUUGUAAUUGGGUCCUAGCCUUAAUAUUACAUUUGGGUGUCUUAUUAAGGAUUCUCUAUAUCUAAUCUAAACUUGCUUUCUUCUUUCAGAUGUCUUCCAACACUAAUGCUUUAGGCUCUAACCCAACUGGUUCUUUCUCUCUCAUGAAUCUUUGUGGGAGGGUCAUCUUUGAUGGUUCCAACUUCAUGGAUUGGAUUAGGAACAUCAGGAUGGUUACUCGUUAUGAGGACAAGGAAUAUGUCCUCGAUAAGGAGUUAAAAGAGCUUGAUGAGUCUACUGCUACUCCUGAAGAGAUCGCUGAAUUCAGGACACAUGAGAGAGAUGCUACUAAGGUGGCAUGUAUCAUGAUGGCCACGAUGACAGCCGAGCUCCAAAAGUCUUAUGAAGAUUAUUACCCUUUUGAGAUGCACCAGGACCUGAUGGAAAGGUACCAUCAGAGUGCUCGUCAGGAGCGGUAUGUAAUAAUCUCCUCCAUAAUAACUACCUGCAUGAAGGACGGUGAUUCCGUCACGGCUCACAUGCAAAAGAUGCAAAGGUAUGUGGACCGUUUGCUGAAGCUGAAUGUGAACAUCCCUGAGGAGUUGGCAAUUGAUAUCAUUUUGCACUCCUUACCUUCUUGUUAUGAUCAUUUUCGUAUGACAUAUCAUAUGAACAAGGAGGAAGUUACCCUCAGCAAGCUUCAAGGACUCUUGAAGAAUGCUGAAUCCGGUCUUAAGGGCAAGGCGGUUGUUACCUCUACUACUCCUACUUCAACAUCAACCCCUGUUUUAGCUAUCGGGCAAGGCAAAGGGAAAAAGAGGAAGCACCCUUCGAAGGGUACCAAGGGAAAGUCUCUUGAAGGCUCCUCAUCGAAGACCAAGAGCGGUUCUGUCACUCCUUCUGCCAUUCCCAAGGUUGCUGAAUGCUUUUAUUUCCAUGAAAAGGCACACUGGAAGCGAAACUGCACUAAGUACUUGCAGGAUCUAAAGGAUGGGAAAGUGAAACCCACUCAUGCAGGGCCUAAGAAGAAGUGAGGAUGUGGAGCACGGAAAGAUAAACUUGAUCAUGGGGAAUAGGAAGGCUUCACCUGUUUCCAAGAUUGGAGUUUAUACUUUGUUGCUUAAUAAUGGGUUAAAAUUAGAUUUGAAUAAAUGUGUGUACUCGUCUGAAAUGGCGAGGAAUAUUAUUUCUUUUCAUGCUUUGUACAAACAAGGUUUUACCUUUUCGUUUGAUAAUGAAU